ACGCCUCCGACCGAGACUCUCCGCCCUCCUCGUCCUCCACUUCCACCGGGGAUUCCUUCUCCUCAUGGCAACUGGCAAGGCAAUCCUUCCUCCUUCCCGCGCUCUCUCGUCGUCCUCCUCCCCCCCGGAUUUGAGUCGAGGCAGCUACUUCCUCCCCUUUCCACCUGCUCUUUUUUAGCGCCAUUUCUUUCUUUCUUUCGUUUUCUGUCCAAUUCAAUAAUAAUUAAUUAAAGCCAAGUUGCGAGAGGAGGCGGCGUUAGGUGAGCGCGUGCCCGGCCCGUCGGCCGAGUCUCGGCAGAAAUCCAUCCGCCCUGCAAGGGGGAUCCGCCGCACCCACCCAGACCCAGGUUCCAAUCCAACUUCCCCUAAUCCGCCAUUGAUCUUCUUCUCUCUCUCCCCAUCCCCGAAGCCGCGCAACCAGCAAUAAAGCCAAAGCCGCUGCCUUUUCUUGGAUCCAAUUCAUUCGGCCAAGGGAUUCAUUCAUUGAUUGCUUCCUUGGAGAAGAGAUGUGCCCGCUGCGGGUCAUCCUAAUCUUCCUUUCCGCCACCAUCGCCGGAUUCUUCCUCAUCCGGGGGCUCAACGCCGAGCCUGACCAAUUCGACGCCGACGAUGACAAGGCCUCCGAGUCGGGAUCCCCCAGGGCGCCCGUACCCCUCCAUUCCAAGGUUGGAUCGGCUGUGAAAACUGGAUUCUGGACUAUGGUGGAUAUGGCAAGUGGUCGGUACCUCUGGCGCACCCUUGUCGCACAACCUGCAAAAUCGGAGUCAGAAAAGGCUCGGUGACAAAUGUUCCUAAUUUAUUUUGUAUUUUGCUGAUUGAGUGCCAACAAAGGUGAAGAUGGGCACAAUCAUGUUGUUCCUACAUGUUUAUGUUGAUGUGUACACAUGGCAAAUGUAACACGUGUGGGGAUUAUAUGCUAAAGUAAAUGUGCAGAAUUGUUCAUGUCUGAGCAUUUGAGUUGUAUGCAGGAUAGUGCAAGUGGGUGCAAUGCUGGGAGUAUGGACUUUUGGAUAUGACAUUUGGGCUGACACACCAAGUCUAAUAUUAUGCUUGCCUUAAUAAAUUCAAAGUUUCCAGCA